AUGGUCAUUGUGAGAACUAUUCCAACUUACUCUUCAUACCGAAAGGGUGUUAACUAUGGUAGUUAUUGUAAGUUUAAUCUGAUCAAGUAUAAACCAUGGUCUCGUACCGUAGCUUCACUGUGGAAUAACAAUAAAGAGUGUGAUGAAACAUUCAUAGGAACAUGGGGUGCCUUUUUACAGUCAGAAAUAGCUACAGACUUGGUUCCUCAUUUUGCUUUUGAAUUAGAAAAUUUACAGAGCUCAACAAUAUAUGAAAAAGAAAGUGACGCUUCUGAUGAUGAAAAUAAUACAAAUUUGUCCAAUCAGGAUGAGAAGGAGGAAUGGAUGUUUCUCUCUGAGCUUCUCAUCAACAAUCCCAAUGACUCGGAUGAAAAUGACAGACUGGAAGAUGUGCAAUACUGGAAUCAACAGAGAAGUCAAUUUACUGAACAGGAAAUCAGCAAUAUGCCAGCCUGGAUCAGUGCCCAGAGAAGCAUUCAUCUCAACGAUGAUGUUUUAUCAGUUCCUUCUGAUGAAUCGGAAAAUAUUGAGAAGUUGAAUUUACAGCAGCGUAAAGCAUUUGACUUGGUUAUUCAUCAUUCUGAAUCUGAUACUUGUGAGCAGCUUUUACUUUUGGUCAUUGGUAAAGCAGGUAGUGGUAAGAGUUUCUUGAUUGACAGAUUGCGCUAUGCUCUAAAUGCAAGCUGUUACAUUUCAGCUUUGUUCGGUAUUGCUGCUUACAAUGUAAGCGGUAAAACACUACACUAUUUACUUAAGUUGCCUGUGAGAGGGAAGCGUAACCAUGAACUUCAAGGUGCCAGCUUAUCACAGAUACAAAAUACAUUUUGUAAUAAAAAGUAUCUGAUCAUAGAUGAGUAUUCUGUUAUCAGUCAACGAGAUUUAUCUUGGGUCAAUAGAAGGUGUAAGCAAGCCACAGGUAUAACUGAGAAAGCAUUUGGUGGCAUCAACAUUAUUUUAGUUGGUGACUUGGGUCAGCUACCUCCUGUCAAUGGUAAGGUUCUUUACCAUCAUAAACCUUCUACAGAACAUGACUCAGAAGGAUUUUUUUUAUACAACAUGUUUCAAACAGUGAUAGAGCUAACUAUCAAUCAACGAGUUUCUGGAAACAAUCAGGACUGUGUUGAAUUCAAAAAUUUGCUCUCCAAUAUCAGAGAUGGUAAACCAACACUUCAUGAUUGGAGCACUUUACUAACUCGCACUCCUAGAAUUUGUAAUAAUAUUAAUUCUUUCUCUGAAUCCUUGAGAUUAUCUUAUGGUAACAGAGAAGUUGCAAAGAAUAAUUUUACGUCAUUAAAAUCUCUUCAAAAACCAAUUGCCAAAAUAAAAGCAAUCCAUAGCAAAGCUUCUGCUGCUAAAUUUUCUGCUGAUGAUAUGGGUGGUCUGUCACCAUGUAUUUAUUUAGCUGUAGGUGCCAGAGUGAUGCUCACAAGGAAUCUUUGGACAGAAGUGGGUUUGUGCAAUGGUUCUUUAGGAACCAUUCAUAACAUCGUGUAUGCAUCUGCUUACGAACUCUUUCCAGUAGCAAUUCUUGUUCAAUUUGACACUUAUUCUGGUCCAUGUUUUAAUAACGACAAUGUUGUGCCAAUUGCACCCUGCUCAAGCACUUCUGAAUCAUAUGGGUCAAACUUUGAAAGGACACAAUUUCCUUUAAAAUUAGCUUGGGCCAUUACAAUUCACAAAUCACAAGGUCUUACUCUACCAAAGGUGUGGAUUGACCUUGGCAGCAGUGAAAAAUCACCAGGAUUGACUUAUGUUGCAUUGUCGAGAGUCCGAAAAUUGCAAGAUCUUAUAGUUGAACCAAUGAGUUAUGAACGUCUUACAUCCAUAAGCAACAGUGCAAAUUUUCAAUACCGUAUUUCAGAAGAGCAUAGACUGCAUGAUAUAGCUAUAUAA